AUGUGCUUGGCCUUCCCUCUGGGCCGGAGGCAAAUCCCCUGCCUGUCCUUCUUCCUUCCUGCCCCAGGCCCCGAGCUGAGGACGGAGAGCACGGAGGACAAAUCCCCCCGGCAGAGCCUGGUGGGAGAGGCCGUUUUGAAGGGCUCCCCGGCGCAGGAAGGCAGCGGGGAGGAAAAGGCCCGGAGAUGCCCCCGGAGGAGGGGCUGCAAAGCCAGCCCAGGGAGCUCUGAGGAGGAAAGACCCGUCCUGUGCUGGGAAGGCGGCCGGAGCUUGAACCGGAGCUCCGAGCUGGUGGUCCCUGAGCAGCCUCCCAGCAGGGAGAAGCCCUUCAGGUGCUUGGAAUGUGGGAAGAGCUUCAAGCAGAGCAACCACCUCCUCAGCCACCAGCACAUCCACACUGGGGAACGGCCCUACACGUGUGGGGAGUGUGGGAAGAGCUUCAGGAACAGCUCCAACCUGAUUAAACACCAACUCAUCCACACUGGGGAACGGCCCUACCUGUGCAGGGAGUGUGGGAACAGCUUCAGGAGCAACUCCAACCUGAUCCGACACCAGCGCAUCCAUACUGGGGAACGGCCCCACACAUGUGGGGAAUGUGGGAAGAGCUUCAUAUCCAGCACCGACCUGAUCAAACACCAACGUAUCCACACUGGGGAACAGCCCUACACAUGUGGGGAAUGUGGGAAGAGCUUCAGUGUCAGCUCCAACCUCCUCAUCCACCAGCUCAUCCACACUGGGGAAUGGCCAUACCCAUGUGGGGAAUGUGGGAAGAGGUUCAGGAAUAGCUCCAAGCUCCUAAUCCACCAGCGCAUCCACACUGGGGAACGGCCCUACAAGUGCUUGGAAUGUGGGAAGAGCUUCAGGGACAGCUCCCACCUGAUCCGACACCAACGCAUCCACGCUGGGAAACGGCCCCACACGUGUGGGGAAUGUGGGAAGAGUUUCAGGGACAGCUCCAACCUGCUCCAACACCAGCUCAUCCACACUGGGGAACGGCCCUACAAGUGCUUGCAAUGUGGGAAGAGGUUUCAGACCAGCUCCAAGCUCCUCGUGCAUGAGCAGACACACACAGAGGAGAGGCCCUUCCGCUGCACCGACUGCGGGAAGGGCUUCAACCAGAACAGCAACCUCGUCACCCACCGGCGCAUCCACACCGGGGAGAGGCCCUACAAGUGUGGGGAGUGUGGGAAGAGCUUCAGCAACAGGUCUACCUUGACCAAACACCAACGGACCCACCGGUCUCUGGGAUGGCCCAGGACUGUUUUAUUUUGGCUGUGCCCCAACAUUUGGGAGAGUCUCCCGAGCUGCAGAUUGUUGCUGUGGCGAAAAGGCGAGGUGUCUGCUGACUGGCUGUGGUACUGCGGGCCGCAGUUUCAGGAGCCCACAGAGGCGAAGCCCAAAGAGGCGGAAGAUAGAAGAGAACUCGACGACAAGAAGCGAAUGAAGAAUCACUCGGGCGGGAUCUCGAGAAGCUGCUACCCGGAGGGAUCAGACGGCCGCUGA